AUGAUCAGACGGCCCCCAACUAUCAUUGCUCUAGACGAAAAUGAGGUUGAAUCUCACAUCCAGCGGAUCUAUAUCCGUCAUACCCUCACUGUCAAAUUUGAGCAGCUGCACUUAGAGAGUUGCGAUGAGAUGGACUCAUCCCCCAGCUCCUGUGUCUCUUCGGAAUCCGAUGUGGACAUUGAUACCACAGGCCUGAGUCAAGAAGGAUCCUCGUGUUUUGAGCCUACUCCAAGGAAUAGAAACUAUGCUUCGAGAGAUGCAAUUCCACACACUUCCCUGACAAAGUCCUGCCUCAAAUCCCCAACCACAAACCAACAGACCUCGUUACAAGUGACAAUUUCCACUGGAGUACAUUCGCAAGCAGAUCGGUCUGUUGACCCACCGCGACUGAAGGUGAAAUUUGCUCUCUCACCGCAGGACCUUGAACUCCAUAGCGAUAAGGCCCCUCCUGAAGAAUCAGCUUCCACGCCACAGGUUUCAUUCUUGUCGUGUGGUGUGUCGUCAAGUCCGGCCACCGCAAGCGUCCCACUCCGAGACCUAACCUUAGCGUCCACGGUGUCUUACGAGGAAGUCUUGGCCGAGAGGGUAGAUUCGCCUGCUAGUGUGGCCAAUAACAUUGGCGAAGAUUGUGACUUUCACACCAAAAUCGUCGUUUAA